AUGCAAGGUUCCUCUACGAACGAUUUUUCAACGGCGUCAACAUUUUCGGAGGAGUCCAAUAGAGCCACGUCAACAACGCCGAUGGUUGUCAUAAGGACAGAUCAGCCCGAUUCUGAUGAUCGACGUCUGAUGGUGAAGGGAAUAGGGUCAACGAAUGAAUGCCAUCACGUGCAUGACAAGGAAAGAGUUCGUUCACUCCAUGAUUGUUUUAGAUUUCUUUGA